AUGAACGCCAGCCGCCCAGACAGCCCACCCGCCACCAGCCCAAGCGUCAGGCUAAGUCAAGGACAAACUGCUCGGGAAUCGGCCAAGUUGAUGGAACAGCUCAAGGAAACCCCAAAUCUCGGAAUGGAAGCAGCCCCAGCAGACCCAGAACAUCUUAGGGUUUACCAAAUCCUCCAGAGUCUGCUCACCUGGCUUUCAUCAGGUGGAAAGGAUAGUGUUGUGAGGAAUGUUCAGAAGAUUUAUGAAAAUCCGCUCUGUGGGCACGAUGAUAUCUUGCAACUCGUUCAUCACUAUGAAGUCUACCUCUUCCGACCCACCCGGGCUCUGGGUGGGAAACUCGCUAAGUAA